UGGUCAUUUGAUAAACGCUACCCUAUACUUAUACCGAAAAAUUCAGACUUCACCAACGAAACUAUAAUGAAGAUUCAUCGAGAAAAUAUGCAUGUUGGCGUGAGUCACACGUUAAGCAAGAUAAGGGAAACUUACUGGAUACCACAAGGAAGAAGCAAAGUUCAAAAUAUUUUGAGGAAAUGUCCUGAAUGUAAGAAACAUGACGGAGGGCCAUAUAAACUACCGGAAACUCCUGCUUUACCGAAAGAGAGGGUUAAUUAUAGUUCUCCAUUUACAUACGUUGGCACAGACUACCUGGGACCACUUCUAGUUAACAAUGGGAAUGGCAGUUGCAAAAGGUGGAUUAGCCUCUACACAUGUUUAGCUGUAAGAGCCAUUCAUCUAGAAGUUGUAAAGGACCUAACGGCGGAAGAAGGUUUAAUGGCCUUACGUAGAAUGAUCUCAACAAGAGGAGUACCUUCCUUGAUAACGUCUGAUAACGCGGCUCACUAUAAGUUACUCUCAGAGAUUCUUCAGAUCCCAUACUGCUUAGAUAAGGAGAUAAGAUGGAAAUUUAUACCACAGUUAGCACCAUGGCAUGGAGGUUUCUACGAAAGAUUGGUCGGUUUAGUUAAGAACUGUAUGAAGAAAACUUUACAGAAACAUCUAUUGAACGACAGCCAGCUCGUUACAGCGGUAAAAGAAAUUGAAGCAGUUCUGAACACAAGACCAUUAACAUACGUGGAUUCAGAGCCUGAUCAUGUACUAAAACCAUCAGACUUCCUUACCAUGGGAAAGUGUAUUACUAUGGAAACGUCGAAUAAGGAUCCUACGUCACAAGGGACGGUGACUAAAGAUAACCUAAUUAAAGGUUGGAAGAAAGCACAGAUAAUUCUACGAGAGUUUAAAGAGAUGUUUGAGAACAGGUACCUCCUAAAUUUGAGAGAAAGAUAUUCCCACCACCCUAAAGAACCUAGGGUGACUUCAAAGUUAGAACCGAAGAUAGGUCAAAUCGUGCAGAUUAAAGGUGACACGAGGAAUAGGAUCAACUGGAAAGUUGGGAAAAUAGUAUCUUUAAGGGAAAGCGCCGAUGGAUUAUGUAGGGUUGCCACGGUACGAGUAGGAGAUACCGAAUACACAAGAUCUAUCACGCAUCUCUACCCUUUAGAGAUCGAAGAGGGAGAAGAACACUGUAAACAAACAUCACCUUAUAACGAAAGCGCAGAAGAACCUCUGCAGCUUCCUGACCUUCCACCUCCAUCUUGCGGGAACGUUGACGUCCAAGACGUUGCUGAGUCUCCUUCUGAACAAAGAUUCACUCCAGUAACAGCUAGAGAUGAUCCAGAAGAAGAAGUUCUACCCUAUGCCUCGCCAGUAGAGGAAAGGAGUUCCUUCAAACAAGUAGUAGAGUCUACAUCUAGUAAGUUAAACGAGCCUAAGCCUAAGUCUAUGUCCGAACCAGAACCACUCGCGGUCGUCGACCCCGAGUAUUACGACCACACUGAUCCCGAGCUACACCACUUGGAGGAAAUUGCGCCAGAAGGACAAGAAGACGAAUCAAGACCUAAAAGAGCCGCAGCUCUUCGGGCCCUUGAAAAGAUUAAAGAAUGGACCAGCAAUCUAGUCGCUGUGCUUCUGCCUGAGGCGGGGAGUGUCGCGACAGACGCGAAUUUAUAACGCCCAAGACGAAUUUCCUUGCGGCAACACCUAACAGCGCCCUCUAGGUGGAAUUGUGAUCUCGGUGCGAUAAUACAGCCGCCAUAAAUUAAGCGAAGCAGAGACUGAGGCUCCUCUGGCCCUGGAGUAGAGCAGAGGUCCAGAGAGAGCGAGGAUGAAGAAUCCUUCAUAGUAUAUGAAG